AGAAGAAGACAGGAAGCAGACGCGGAGCUCCGUAUAAAGUCGCUCGCGAGGACGCUCCAUGUUGUGCAGAAUACAUGUAAACCUUCGGUGCGAGUGCGAGUGAAGCCUCAGUCGCAAUGGCAGACGCUCUGGCUAAAAUCCCCGACGUGGAGAUUGAUCCAGAGGGAACGUUCAAGUACAUACUGGUCAGAGUCAAAGUGAAAGAUGGCGAUGUGCACAAAGACAUAGUCCGUGGCACAAAAAGUGCAGAGUAUCACAAUCAUAUUUUUGAGAAGGUCAAUCCGGCCAUGGAGGUCCUGGGAAUGGAGUGCAAGUGCCUCGGAGGAGGGAAGAUAGAGCACAACGCCCAGGAGAAAAAACUGAGGGUGUUUGGAGAAUCAACCGCCUAUGGCAAAGCAGACCAUUCUGUUUCAGUGGUGAAGUUGAAGAGCGUCUUCAGCGACUAUGAUAUCACCUGGUCUGAUGACAAGAAAUAGAUCAGUGCCUGCCUCUAUUAGCAGAUAUGACAUAAAAACAAUAACUAUUUAGAUAAACUCCAAUAAAUACAUUGACGUAACUAAUUUGAGUUUGAUGGCUGCAAAAUGUAUGAGCUGUGGAAAAAUUGUGUCACCUUCAAAUAGUUUUUUUUUCCCUUUUACUCUGUAUUUGAUUGUGUUCGUCUUCAAUCAGAAUUGGAGACUGCCAAACGUAAAGUCCAGAGAGGAAAGGGUGAUCCGGCACGAAUCACUGAUAUAUCCUGUUAACCCAAGGGAAUGUUUCUCAAUUAAAAAAAGUGAAAUUGCA